CUAAAGUUCGUCGUCACACUAAACACACAACACUGAGCGAGCAAGGAAAGCGUACAGAAAGCUCUUCCAAAGUUCGAAUUAUUUUUAUUUUAAAAUAUGGCUACUAGAAUGCGAACGAGAAUUGAACCGCCUUUUGGCGCAUCUAUGAAAACUAAGACAUCCCCGGACAAGAAGCAAGCAACAUCAACUAAGCGGCCUGAAGUUGUAGCAGAGGCAUUCACUACAAAGUCAAGACAACCAUUCUCUAAGGUCAAAUCGCCGCCCGCUGCUGGAGCUUUUGCAGAGCGGUCUGUUGCCCCGACUGCAUUCAGAAAGUUUUAUGAACGUGGCGAUUUCCCGAUUGCUUUGGAACACGACACGAAAGGUAACAAGAUCGCGUGGAAAGUUGAGAUCGAAAAGCUCGACUACCAUCAUUACCUCCCGCUUUUCGCGGACGGGCUCUCUGAGACAACCCACCCAUACGAGUUUUUCGCCAGACAAGGAGUCCAUGAUAUGUUAGAGCAUGGUGGCAACAAGAUUCUACCAGUGAUACCCCAGUUGAUAAUUCCUCUCAAGCAAGCUCUUGCUACCCGACAACCAAAAGUGCUUUGUACCACCUUAAAGGUUCUACAACACUUAGUAGUGUCCGGUGAUUUGAUUGGCGAAGCGUUGGUACCCUACUACAGGCAAAUCCUCCCAGUAUUAAACAUCUUCAAGAACUGCAACCUCAACUCCGGAGACAAGAUUGAUUACAGUCAGCACAAGCGGGAAAACAUUGGCGACCUCAUCCAUGAGACUCUGGAACAGUUCGAAAGGACUGGUGGGCCUGAUGCUUUCAUCAACAUCAAGUACAUGAUUCCAACAUAUGAAUCAUGCAUGCUAAAUUAAGUCUUAGUAAGGAUGAAUUUUGGAAAAUUAUCUGUGGAUGUCAGUUAAUUUUCCCAGGAAAGGGGAAGUAAGGGUCCAGUUUUAAUACUUUGAAAUCCUGACAAACCACAGAAAUGAGACAAAGAACAGUGUAGCCUACCUUAAGGCUUUGAUAGUUUUUCUGGUAUAAGAACCCUGAAAACAUGGAGUUUGUAUAUCACUGCCUUUGUCUUGGAAUAUGGGCUGCACAGAAAAUGUGUGAACUCCAUGUUUUUAGGGCUAUCAUACUGAAAAGACUAUCAAAGCCUACAGGAAGUCUAAAAAGAGUGGUGUGCUUUACACCAUAUAAAGUUCCUAAAUCAUAAUCUUUUGUCAGCUUUGUCUGGCAACCAGAACAGGUAUGUUUCUGCUACAUUUGAUUAUAAUGUAUUUUCUAUCUUUGACUGGUGUCAGGGCCCUAGCAGAGAAAAUAUUUAUAAGUGUGCUAUCGGAUAAUCCUUCAAAUGCCUUUUGCAUCUUUAGUAAAUAGUAUUUAAGUUCAUUCAGUUUUUUAGUUCAUUCUGUGAAUUAUUAAUUACAAUCUCAACUAUGCAUUUGAUUGUUGUCUCAUUACAAAUGUGAUAUUUUGAAGAUCAUCAUAUUUUAUAUAAUUUACUGGAAAUGUUUCUCUUUUCAUCACUUCAAAUCUUAUUCAAUUUUCUUUAGCAGUAUACUGUUAUUUCUCAAAAUGUGUAAGAAAUUAUCUUUUUCAGCAGUGCUUAAAGCCAAAAAAGAUUGUACUAUAUUGUAUUAGUCAAUAGUUUAGAUUUUUAUUUUGCAACAGAUUCAAAAACAGUCAUUAUAUAUAUUGUUAUAUAGCAGGUCUUUGUGUGGUAAUUGUGUGUAGAUAACAGUAGUAAAAGACAAUGUUAAACA